CGGGACUCGGCGGCUGGUCCGGAGGCUCCAGCUGUGCCAAGCGCUGGGACUCCCCUUGGACGGACGGGACGGACCCCGAGCCUCGCCCCCCGAGCCUCGCACCCCGCGCCUCGAGGCGCCCCGCACCCAGCUCCGGAGUUGCAGAAAUCGGAGCUGGAGUGGGAGAGUCGGCCCCGGGCGCGGACUUUCGGCUGAUUCUCUGGGCUCGGACACGGGGGUCCCCCGGGACCGUCCCGCCCUCCCCGCCCCGUCCUGCCGUCGGAGGGAGUCCAGCCGGGGCUGCAGGACUGCGGAGGCCGGUGGGGGGGCCCCGAGGCGUGGAGAGGGUCGUGCAGGGGUUGGGCCGACGACCCCGCACCCCCAGAUCCGACCGGAACGGGCCGGACCGGACAGGACCGGACGGCGGAGCCCGAGAUGGAGCGGCCGCCUGCCUAAGAGCAACCAGCCCCCUACCCCCCGAGGGUGGACGCUGACCUCCAGAAGCCAGGGGUGGACAAGCUUUGGAGGCCGGUCCGUGCAGCUGGGAGUCCGGCCUGGAUAACGGUGGCACCAUGGACGAGGAAGAAGCACUGAACUCAAUCAUGAAGGACCUGGCGGCCUUGGGCAAGCGCGGCGGCCUCCUGGACAGUGGUCGCAACAAACACCACUUCCCUGCCCUCAAACAAAGAAGCGCCCGGAUCAAGUUCGAAUACGAAGCUGAGAAAAGGAUCAUCCAGUUCCCAAGACCCAUCAAGUUCCGGGAGCUGUGGCAAAAAGCACAGGAUGCCUUCGGGCGGGCUGUGGACCUUCACUAUCUCAGCAACGAGGUCCUGCUCCCGCUGGCCUGCCAAGAGGACCUAGACCGAGCCCUGCAGGUUCUGGACCUGAAUCCGAUCACCAGGAGUCUCCGCGUGCUGGUGACAGUGUCCACGGCCAAUCUCCUGCAGCCAAACAGGCAGCCGGACCUACGUCUGUCCAAGUCCACAGGGGACAUCCUGGGGUGCCUAGACCCCAGUGUGCAGAGGGUGCGCAAGUCCUCCACAGGCUCCCUGCACUCGGGGCGCAGCUCUCCGCCGCCGGGCAGCGUGCCAGAGGAACAGCAGCAGAUCGCCCGCCAGGGCUCCUACACCAGUGUGCAUAGUGAGGGCGAGUUCAUCCCGGAGGCUGUGGACCCCAGUCUGAUGGAGCCAUAUCUCAGCACUGACAACUCUGUGUCCGGCAGCUGCUCCUCGCUGGAUAUGUCCACGGACAGCCCGACCUUUUCCCAAACCAUCGUUACGCGGAGGAGCCGGCACACAGACAGCCCCGAGACCUUGGACUUUGAUUCAGCAUUCUGUGAGCGGUUUGGGAGAGGGGGAACAUUUCCCCGCCAGUUUCACCUUUCCCAGAGCCGGAGGGACGACAAUGAUGGCCGUCGUACCUUCCCUCGGAGUUGUGCUCCCCAUGGGCAUCGCCGCUUCCAGCUGCUCCCUUCUAGCCGCACGGACAGCUUCCCUGGGGAUGGCCAGUCAGGUGGCCUGGAGCUGCAUAAGUGCCGGGCUCCACGCAGGCGUCACUGGGACACUGGCCAGUGGCUCUUUCCUGGGGCCCGCGCCCAGCCCCGAGCUGUGGAUCCGGCCCCAGUGAACUGGCGCCUGGGGAGGCUGCUGGGCCGGGGCGCGUUCGGUGAGGUCUACCUGUGCUACGACGCUGACACCGGCCGCGAACUCGCCGUCAAGCAGGUGCCUUUUGACCCUGAUAGCCAGGAGACCAGCAAGGAGGUGGCUGCCCUGGACUGUGAGAUCCAAGUGCUGAUGGCCCUGCGCCAUGAUCGCAUCGUCCAGUACCAUGGCUGCCUGCGGGACCCCGAGGCUCGGACGCUGUCCAUCUUUGUGGAGUACAUGGCGGGGGGUUCUGUAAAGGACCAACUGAAGACAUAUGGGGCGCUGACCGAGAACGUGACACGCAAGUACACACGGCAGAUUCUGCAAGGGGUCAGUUACCUCCACAGCAAGAUGAUUGUACACCGGGACAUAAAAGGGGCCAAUGUCCUGCGAGACUCUGCGGGAAAUGUCAAGCUUGGUGACUUCGGGGCUAGCAAACGCAUCCAGACCAUCUGCAGGUCUGGCACAGCCAUGAAGUCCGUCACAGGGACGCCCUACUGGAUGAGCCCCGAAGUCAUCAGCGGGGAGGGCUACGGCCGAAGGGCGGACGUUUGGAGCGUGGGCUGCACGGUGGUAGAGAUGCUGACGGAGAAGCCGCCCUGGGCUGAGUUUGAGGCCAUGGCUGCCAUUUUCAAGAUCGCCACGCAGCCUACCGAGCCGCAGCUCCCUCCCGGGGCUUCUGCCCACUGCCGGGACCUACUGAGGCGCAUCUUUGUGGAGGAGAAGCGCCGGCCCACGGCUGAGGCACUGCUGGCUCAUCCCUUCGUGAGUGGGGGCCUCUAGGUGCCCGGGCCCAGGGAAACCCCAUCCCCGAACCCCAUAAAAUGGGCCCGGGGAUCCUCUUUAGCACGGCCGCUCUGGAUCAGGGAGGAGCACUGGACAGUUUGCCUGAGCCCAGGCGUUCUCAGAGUGAGGGGGACGGCUGGGGGGUGGCCGGGAGGAGCCUGAUUCCCGAGCAUCUCCACUGAGACCACACAAGGAGACCACACAGUCCCAGAUCAGCUAGGAGGGGGUGCUUGGGAGAUGGGGUAGAGAUUCUGGGAGUGGGGUGCUGAUGAGGAAUGGGUGGGGUUGCCUGUAGGGUCUGGGGAGUCUGCUUGCCUUGCUGGGACUCAGCGCUCACCUCCCAGUGGGAGGCCCCUCUCUCGGUUCUUUUUCCUUGGGGCUAGGGGGUGGACCCUCCCAGACUCCUGGAAUGAUAGAAAUGGACUCCAUGGGGGAGGAGAGCCAAGAGCUGACGGGAGCACAGUGCUGGGCCACGAGGAUACGGCAUGGGGCCGUGUGGACGGCUGUGGUCACGGCCCCUGCACGAACCUCGGGGGGAAGGUUGGAGAGGCAGCCUUCCUGCAGAACACUCGGGACUGUAAAUAAUGGACCAUGGGCUGGCUAGGACCGGAGGCCGUGGCCACGGGGUCCGGCUUCCUUGUGUGUAAAAUAAAAAGAUCCUUUUGUAACGAA